CAUGACCCAGCAACGGACUUUAUCGGCGCUGAUAAGGCCUCCGCUUUAAUUGUCACAAAUAAGAUAAAGCUGUUUACGAGGAGCGCCGGUUUCAGUUUAAUACUCCUAUUUGAACAACGACCGCGCCGGUACUUAGUAUGCAUCGCGUAGUGUGUCGCGGCUUGUUGUCUCUGCAGCAUACAACCACGAGAGUGAUCAUGGCUCGCAACGGAUCGUUCCUUAUUCAAGACCCUAAAUACUCCUUCCUUAAGGAGCUCGGGCUCAGUGACAAAAAUGUCGGCGUGUUCAACGGCAAAUGGGAGGCUAGUGGACCGGUGAUCCAGUCGUACAGCCCAGCCAACGGCAAAGUGAUCGCGGAGGUCCAGACAGCUACCACCAGCGACUAUGAGAGGAGCGUGGUGGCGGCGCAGGAGGCGUGGCACAUGUGGGGAGAGAUGCCGGCGCCCGCGCGGGGCGAAGUCGUCAGGCAGAUCGGGGACGCUCUCAGGGAAAAGCUCCAGCCUUUGGGGCAGCUUGUCUCUUUGGAAAUGGGUAAAAUCCUCCCCGAAGCCAUCGGAGAGGUGGUAGAAUAUAUCCACGUGUGCGACCUGGCCCUGGGACUGUCCCGCACGUUACCCGGGACAAUUAUCCCAUCGGAACGGCCGGGACACGUGCUGCUCGAGAAAUGGAACCCGCUGGGACUGAUCGGCGUCAUCACGGCCUUCAACUUCCCUGUAGCUGUGUUUGGGUGGAACAGCGCUAUUGCUAUGGUAUGCGGCGACGUCAGCGUAUGGAAGCCCUCAGACACAACCCCCUUAACCGCGGUGGCCGUCACCAAAAUUGUUGAAAGCGUGCUCCAAAAGAACAACCUCCCCGGCGCUAUCGCAUCUCUCUGUGUGGGAGGGAGAGACAUCGGCGAGACUCUCGUCAAGGACCACAGGAUGAAGCUGGUGUCUUUCACUGGAAGCACUGCUGUUGGUCAGCAGGUAGGCGUGGAAGUGCAGCGUCGCUUCGGGCGCCACCUGUUAGAGCUGGGCGGCAACAACGCGAUCGUGGUCAACGCGGACGCCAACCUGGAUCUCCUGCUUAACGCCGCGCUCUUCGCCUGCGCCGGGACCGCGGGCCAGCGCUGCACUACUACUAGGCGCCUGCUUAUACACAACAAGGUGUACAGCGAAGUAGUUUCCCGCCUGAAGAAGGCAUACGCAGGCGUGGUCAGCAAGAUCGGAGACCCGCUGCUGUCCGAGACUCUGAUCGGACCGCUGCACACUCCCGCCGCCGUCGAAGCGUAUAAGAAGACUGUGGCGGAAAUCGUCAAGCAGGGUGGAACUAUCGAAUUUGGAGGAAAAGUGAUCGAACGUGAAGGUUACUUCGUAGAGCCGACCAUUGUGACUGGUCUACCCCACGACUCUCCCUUAGUCAAGAGCGAAUGCUUCGCGCCGAUCGUUUACUGCAUCCCGAUCCCUGACUUGGAUACUGGAAUAGCAUACAAUAAUGAAGUGGAGCAGGGCCUGUCGUCCAGUGUGUUCACGGAGAACCUUGGAGACGUCUUCAAGUGGAUCGGUCCCCACGGCUCGGACUGCGGCAUCGUCAACGUGAACAUCCCGACCAACGGCGCGGAAGUAGGCGGGGCCUUCGGCGGCGAGAAAGCCACGGGCGGCGGCCGCGAGUGCGGCUCCGACUCCUGGAAGAGUUACAUGCGCCGGUCCACUGUCACCAUCAACUACUCUGGCACUAUCAAACUGGCGCAGAACAUCAAGUUUGGCGACGAGUAGAUUGAGAACUGACGCGUCUUGUCUUCUCUUGAACUGAAUGACUUUAUAUUACAGGCUGAGGCGAAACUAUGCUUGAGGCCCUUUUAAAAUACUUUUUUUGGGCGUACCAGCUUAUUUGCAUGCUAAAUUCCGCGAUACAACAAACACUAUGACGAUCUGUGUCAAGUGCAAGCCGAGCUAAAAAGUGCGUAAAGACAAAUCUGAAGAAGCCAACAUGCCAAUCAAUUCGAGAGAUAAAAGACAACCAUGCAUUUAAGCUAAUUAAUUAUGUAUAACUCUAUUUUUUGUAAGUUGUAUGUGUGCUUGUAAAUAUUAAGACUGAUUGUAAUUAAUAUUUUUUUAUUACAAAUAUCAUCAAUUCAUUGAA